GCGCCGCGCUGCUCCGGGAUCCUCUGGCGCAGAGAGAAAUCGCAGGUUGGCCACCAGCGAGCACCGAUCCGGGCUGGGAGGGCAGAUGUGAUGUGAUCCAAUACGGGCGGCCGGCUGCAGCUACGGGGUGGACUGGCACUUAAAAGCGGCUGUCGACCUCGGCCCGGCUUACUAUACUGUGUGUCGUCGUGGGAGUGGAGGCGCAAAAAGCCUGGAGGCUGACCGAAGAGCGCUUUAUCACAGCAGUGUAUUUCCUGUCAGCCAUGAUGUCAGUACAAACUCCUCCUCUCUCCCGCUCUGGCUCCUCCCCGUCUAAUGUGGGUCUGACCAAUCGAGGUGGCUCCUCUGCCACACCUCCCACCUCCCUCGGCCUUCGCUCAUCAUACAAUCAGCUGCUUGGGCGAGAUGUCAUUAGGGAGUCUAUGGAAACCGGAAGUUCAGCCACCUUGCCAAAGAGCCGUCAGAGGUAUGCAAUGACCAGUGUACGGAGCGCCAUGGGGAUAAGCGACAACUUGGCUUCCUCUAAAAACCAACCUGUAACGAGAGGAAGGGGUCUCCCCACCAAGUCCUCCUCCAGUUCUGCCCUUUACUCCUCCUCUUCCUCCUCCUCGUUGUCUAACACAACCAACCCAAAAUUAGCCAAGAAUGGGGCCAACAUGCAGAGACGAGCUGAGAGCCAGCAGCUGAAACUAAGCAGGGCCAAUACAGAGGACAAAAUUCACAAUGAUUUCAUCAAUAACCCAAGUUCUGAUUGGAUAGAAAUAGGAAAAGACAACUCACAGCUGCCUCCAUUCCGAAGGAGGACCAAGAGCUUCUUGGAGUACCAUGAGAAGGGCUGGGAUCUGGACUCUAGUUGGGGAAACAAAGAGGACAAGGGGGAGAAGAAGCAACAGCUUUCCCCAGAAAAGGAGCAGGCCAGCCCUGCCAAAGAGAGGGAGAGCCAGAAGGAGGAAAAGCCCAGCAGUAAGCAGACCUGCCAGGAGGAGGAAGAGGAAGAGGUGGUAGAGCCAGUGGUGGAGGAAGAGGAGGAAGAUGACCCCACACCACCACCAAGACAGCCCCUGCUCCCAGUGGUGGUGGAAGCCCCUCUUUCCUCCACCUCCUCCUCUUCCAGCAACAGCCCAGAGUGGGUUCCAGACAACCAGAACCAAGUUCCAGCUCAGGUCAGAGAGGAGCUAUGUGCCCAGGUUCAGGCUAGUCCACGCAGUCCUGCAAAGCCCCCUCGGAGCUCCCAGCCCCGUGUGAUCAAGGUGGAGCUGCAUCCCAACAAUGAGAACCAGUUCCUGCAACAGUACCCACCUUCUUCCCCUAAACAGGCCCGGGCUGCAGAGAGGAACACUCCUACCAGGAGCCGGGCACCCCCUGCCCUUCCAGAUCCUGAACCAGAAACUGGACUCCCGAAAGUGGGCUUAAGAAUGGAUCUGACUCCUGACACUCCAUCAGAGGAUGAAGACUCCAGCUGGACCACCCUGUCCCAGGAGACACCAUCUCCUCAGACUCCACGGGAAACAGCAGAUGUAUGGGGUGAUGGGGACCUGCCCCCAGGCUGGCGGGAGAUCUCAGACUCAUCUGAGGUUUAUUUCUGGCAUGUCCCUACCGGCACCACACAAUACGACCGACCUGUUGCCUCUGGCAACCAACACACCUCACCCAUUGAGCCAGACAGGGAGCAUGACCCACAACAGGAAACGCAGGACGCCCUCAGGCCACCCAACGAGCGCCCCAGCAGUCUGAUAUCUGACAGCUCGGUGGAGCCAGUCCCCUCACCCUCUGGCUCCUCCCCCUCGUCCGCCUCCUCAUCCACCCCCUCCAAUGAUGUCACCUCUUCUGGACCAAAUCUCAAUAUCACCACCUGCGCAGCCAACGAGCUGAAGGACUAUCCAGUUUAUCCAGAUCCCAGUCUGAAGGCGUUUGAAGGGGCUACCCUCCGCUAUGCUUCACUUAAACUCAACCCCCCAGCCCAGCUGGAGACAGUGGACCUCAACAAUACCUUCUCCGAUCCAGAGGCAAUGUCAUUUCCUGUGCGGUCUCUGGGCUGGGUGGAGAUGGCCGAACAGGACCUGUGUGAGGGGAGGAGCAGCGUGGCUGUCCACCACUGUAUCAGACAGCUGUCCUACUGCAGGAGGGAUAUACGAGACUCAGCCGGCGUCUGGGGAGAGGGGAAAGGGAUGCUCUUAGUGCUUCAGGAUCGCAUGUUGACCCUGGUUGACCCAGACGAUCGCAGCCUGCUCCACUCUCAGCCAAUCAGUAGCAUCCGUGUAUGGGGGGUCGGCCGAGACCACGACAGAGAAAGGGACUUUGCCUACGUGGCGAGAGACAAAAACACGCGGGUGCUGAAGUGCCACGUGUUCCGAUGUGAUACCCCUGCCGCAGCCAUCGCCACAAGUCUCCACGAAAUCUGCUCCAAGAUUAUGGCUGAAAGAAAAAGUGCUAAGGCUGCAGCUGGCAGCUCCUCCCAGACCGGCUCCGAUGUACCCCUACAAGAGUUCCCCAUGCCAAAGACAGAGUUGGUGCAGAAGUUUCAUGUGUUGUAUCUGGGUAUGACAUCCGUGUCUCGCCCCAUAGGUAUGGACAUCAUAAAUGGGGCCAUAGACAGCCUCGUGUCCUCAACAGGCAAAGAGGACUGGACUCCUGUCAUACUGAGUAUUGCUGACACCACACUGGCUGUCAUCAAAGAUAAGGAAGAAGAGGAGGAGGUGUUGGUGGAGUGCCGUGUCCGUUUCUUGUCCUUCAUGGGCGUUGGACGGGAUGUGCACACAUUUGCCUUCAUUAUGGACACUGGGAGCCAGCAUUUCCAGUGUCAUGUGUUCUGGUGCGACCCCAACGCAGGCUGUGUGUCUGAGGCUGUGCAGGCAGCAUGUGUGCUGCGGUAUCAGAAGUGUCUGGUGGCACGGCCGCCCUCCCAACGCGCUGGCUCCUCCUCUGCACCCUCUCCGGACUCUGUGACCCGGCGGGUGACCACCAGCGUGAAACGUGGUGUCCAGUCGCUCAUAGACACUCUGAAAACCAAGAAACAGCCGUCAGAACUCCCCCAGCAAUGACCAUCACCAGUGGCCACAGCACCCCCGACCUCCCCCCGACCCCGAGCUGAUGCCUGGAUGCCACUCACACACUAUUGCCACAACAUGUAAUCAGUACCAGCCUUGGUAGCCAAUGAUGUACAUAUAUGUUAACAAACACCACCACAGAUGAAGGAAAGAGGAACAGUCAUCCAGUAUGUCUGGUGAUAAAAAAAUAAAAAUAAAAAAAACCUUCUAGGUUUCAUGAGGAUGAAUGGUGUCACUGGUUGAACUGGUUGACCUUUGAACCUUCCAUCUGUCACCUGCUGGCUUCAGUGGCCCUUACUGUAUGUGGAUGUCUGGGCUCGAUGGAUUACUUGAUCAAGAAGUCUACAGACAGGAUACAGGAUAACCCAGAAGAAAAAGAUCCAAUUUCUAUUAACACUGGUUACUCACUUUCCUUCCAUGCUCUGUCCCCCUUCUGUAAAAACAGCCAUCAGCACAGGAAGAGCUCCUGGACUGGAACUACGGGAGCCUUCCAGGACAGAAAAGUUGUCUGCUUGGUGUCAUCAGAUAUUGACAACCAGGACCAGACAGACGAGACCUGUCAACAUGCCCUAUUCCACCAAAUGGCGUAGAAAUGUUUUGACCUCUUCGAUGUGUAACAGACUUGAAACAAACAAAACUUAACAUCUCCUUUGAGGAUAAAUGAAGUGAUUGUAUUAAUGAAGUGUAUGUAAAUGAUUGUAUGUAGGAAGAGAGAAUGUAGGGCACAAGACUUGUAGAUAUGAAGGAGAGAGAGAUGAGGUGUUGGUGAAAGAAAAAAAUGGGACAGAUGUGGGUUUUGAUUUUUGCAUGUUUUCUUGAUGGGAUACUUUUUAUGUUGAUGAGUUAAUAAAGGUCUUGGUAAGAGGCGUGGUGAACACACAAGAAACAGAUGCUCUCAGCACAAGUCAUCUCCACAUGACUGGAUUUACACUGGCACAACAAUCUGGCCUCUGUCUAACUGAAACCUGAAUACAAGGUUACUCUGUUCCCCAUUUACAGAAUUACAAUUAAGGAUUGUCAGUCAGUGAUUUUUACUUUCCAUUCCUUGAUGGGUGAGUUGAGCAAAAGAAAGUUAAGUUAUUGAUGUAUUUUGAAGCUUCAAAUUAGUUAAGAUUGUAAUUUUUUUGCAUACAUGAUUGAAAAGCUCAAGAAUGUUACAUUGCUUCUGUUCAAACUAUUUCCUCAGGAAUCUUUAUGCAUACACCCAAGAUCUAUGUGGUAGCAAGAUAUUCGAAAUCCAGGUUUUGACCUUGGCAGAUGUGAAGCGCUCGUGGCUAUAUGAACAGUGGUACACGACAGUGUUUGCCCUGCUAGAACAGCAUGGAAAAGCUCAAAUCUGUGCCAGACAGUAAGGGUUAACAAUAUUUCCUCUUCCACGGUAAAUCCAGCCAGUUUUCUCCCACUCACAAACAAAAUAUAAACAGACACACACAAAUACGCACACAAAGCAGCAAGAACUCUGCUGUCACUGCUAUCAAAACCCUUACACUGCUCCUAUGGCUCGGUGCCACCACCUGCACUCGACGUGAACUCUGUGAACGCAGUCAAAAACUAAAAAUCAAAAAGACACAUACACACAAAACAAGACAAACUAGAGAGAUGCUGUAAAUCAUUUCAGUUCUGUUCUUCACUCAUCUCUACACCAUGUAAGUGUAAUCUGUUGUGACAAUAAAUGCAUUACCAAAAGAAAAAGAAA